AUGUGGUUGGUUUUAUUUGGAACCAUUUCCACCUUUUUUGUCUUUAUUUCAAUAAUAAUUGGAUGUGGUAAAAAGCAAAUAGCACAAGUUUCACUUGCCAACAGGAAUUUCGCUAAUUCAUCUCGUAGCUCGAGCUUGUGUUCGUCAUCUUCCUUUGAAUCAGGAAGUGGUGGAGUCAAAAAGAGCUUUGGGGAAUCUUAUUUGAUUAGAAGACCUGUUAAACGAACAAGAAUCAUUGAACCAACAGCUCAACAACUUCGAGUUCAAGCAGCUAUUGAAGCUGAUAGAAUUGCUGCUAUAGCUGCAAGAGAUGUUGAUAUUCACCCACGCGAAAUUACAUUUAAAUCUAUUGGAGGAAUGAAAUCAUUUAUUGUUUACAAUAAAGGAAACGAUAUAUGCGUAUUUAAGAUCAAAUGUACGGACAAUGACAUUUAUAAUAUCGACCCAAUUUUUAGUUAUGUUGAGCCUCUCAGUACUUGUCUACUGAGAGUUAUGCGUUUUAAUGCAACAGACAAAAUUGAUUAUUUAACUCUUGUUAUGGGCAAGGUCGUAGAUUUUACUGGAAAUGAAGAAAAUGAUUGGAAUAACACGAUUGAACGUGAAGAUGUUAUUAUAACGUUAAGAGUAUCAUGUUAA